UGUUCAGGGGUGGAUGGCGGCGUCUGCCUUGGCUAUGCUUUUGCAUUUCGGUCCGUGUCCCAGAAUGCCUGGUCCCGGGUUGCACAUCGACCGAUCUCAGGUCGAUUAGUGAUGAAGGCGAGAGGUAAGGUCGGCAACGGGCUGGGUGUCGCUCCGCCGUGCGCAUCCGUAUAUCGGCCAGACCAGCAAGACCCCUUCCCCGGGGCUCCGAUCGUUGACAUGGACAUUGCAUUUGACAAGUCAGAGGAGGGUAAACAUGGCCCUAUGAGGUGAAACCAAAAAGAAAGCAGUCGGCAGUCCAAAUUUGGUAUGCCUCCACCAGCAAUCAGCCGAGCAGAUUCCAACGACGAUGAUCCGAAUUAGCGCCGUACUCUGGACGUUUUACUGAAGACGCAGGCGACGAAUGUUGCAUGGGUUCUAGUGUCUUGUUCGGACUCUCAGAGUUUGCACACGCUAUUUUUGUCGGGAGUGUGGGAACAUUGGUAGCGACGCAACAAUACUCUGUAGGCGCGAAGCAUGUAAGGAUGGAUGGAACCAGACAAGGUUUGCCGAGCUGCCAUGUCCGAAAUAUCGAGGUUCGUGGGAUGGCACCUUGGGAUGCGGAUAAGCCCGCAGAAAGGACCCCCGGUCGUUUGAAGGUUCUCCACUUGCUUGGCCCAACUCGGCCCAACUUGCAGACAGGUGAUGGAAAGGCCAAGCAGCGUCUGCGUUCUGCGUUUGAAUGUCUCUGCUCCCAUAAGGUGCGGUGUGGUGGUGUCUCUUCACGGUUAGGCGUAAGUAGAGACAAGAAGAAGAGUCUCUUGGUGAAUGGGCGGAAUGGUUCGGAGCUGACUGCGACCCAAUUAUUGUGAAGGAUGUACGAUUCCGGGACGAGUUUGUGCCAGAGACAAUGCUGCUUGGUAUGUCUCGCGGGGGGGGAUUCGGUUGUUACACGAGAAACGAGACAGAGAAUGCCAGUGGAGG